AUGUCAAUACUUCAAAAUCUGCCCUUUAGCCUCUGCGAGUCAUGCCCAGAGCAAAUCGACGGCAUAGGCAACUUCUACCUUCAGCUCCUGGCUCACGCCCCGUCACAGCUCCCGUUAUCGACUUUAUAUUUCCUGGAUUCGCACGGUCAAAUACCGAGCAAGAUACACAAUCCCGACUAUGACCCUGUCAAGAAAAGCCAAAUUGACUGGUUCGUGAAAGCUUCACAAGCGCAACGAAGCGCUCGUGAGAAGGACAAUAACGACAACCGCUUCCAUCUGUCUUUGGCUUUCCUACAUAUCCCUCUUCCUGAGUUCGGAGACUGCCAUCUUAGUAUACGCAACGGCCACCGGAGGGAACCGACUGAGAGCCCUAGCUUCAAUUCCCAUUUCUACGACGCUUUGGUCAAAGGAGGCAUAUCAGCAUUAGGCUGCGGGCACGAUCACGUGAAUGACUUUUGCGCUCUGCUGCCACAACAAACGCGGCAGGAUGGCGACAAAACCCCUCAGCCUGGCCCUUGGCUAUGCUAUGGAGGUGGCAGUGGGUUCGGGGGAUAUGGUUCGUACGGCAGAAAGCGAUUUCACCGACGAACGCGGGUUUGGGAACUCGAUACGAGUACCGGGAGCUUGAAGACUUGGAAGCGGGUCGAAUAUGCAAUGGACAGAGUUGAUGAGCUGGUGCUGGUGGAAAGUGGAGCGGUGAUUGAUACACCUGGAGAAGAAGAUGGAGGCAGACGCUGUAUAGUCAGUUGA